AUAAGCACCAACGUUCUCUUCAGUAUAUUUUCUCUCUUUCUCCUUUCUAAUCAGUGCUCAUUGCUUAGCAAUUUCCUUCAACGCGUUGACGUUGAAAGAAACUAACAAAAAAAAAAAAAAAACAAAGAAUAAUGGUUCUAUCAAGUCUCCAGCGUUUACCAAUGAAUCAAGAUGACCCAGUUUUCUCUUUCUCUUUUUCUUCUUGUUUUUCUUUGUAUCCAAACAUAUACCACUUGUAAGAUCAUGUAAUUUCAUUUUUUUUUUUUUUUAAUUUUGACAUUCUUGCUAUUUUCCUCUUAUUAACUUGCUACUGUAUGAGCUUUUUCUUUUUAAAGAAUUCUUUGAUUCAUUUUGCUAUGUUUCUUGAUUCUUUUAUGUUGAUUUUAGGAGUGGAGGAACAUUCUUGAUUUCAUUUAUUGGUUUCAUUGAAUUAUUGUUUUGCUUCACUUGUUUGCAGGAUUUUUUCUUUGUGGGUAUUUAGUCAAGUAUGGGUUUUUCUUAUUAGGGAUUGUUGGUUAUUGUUCCAUGGGGUUGUUGAAAUAAUGGGAUUAUUUGUUUAGAAUUGGAACUAUAAGAUGAGUAGUCUUUUGAGAAAAAUCCUGCCUGUUGUACCAUCCAGUACUCCUAAAGAAGAUGAUGAGAGUAAUUAUGAAUCCUCUUACUCAUUCGCCGCGCUGUAUUCUGGCCCUCUAAUCACUCAUGAAAUCCCUAGAGCUGUGCCUGUUGAUGUUACUCAAAUCCCAAUUGCUUCCAAAAUUGCAUCAUCCUCAAAGGUGAACGAUGUACCGUUGCCAGUUAUCCAACCCAUCUUAAAGUCUAAAUCAUCUGGCAAGAAACCACCCAAGGUGCCAAGAUUGGGCAAAAGUAAUGAUGAACAUUGUAAAUCUUCCAAUGGGAUAGCUGAAUCGAGUAAAGUAGGUUAUGGAAAUGGUGACGAAUGCAGACCCAAUUUAUCCAAUGGAAGAGGAAGCUCUAGGGAAAUGGAAGAUGCAAUUGGUGAUGAGUGCAGGUCCAAUUUAUCUGAUACAGUACAAAGUUCUGGUAAUGUCCGUGAUAGUUCUCAUGAAGUAUCUGGACACUUGCAAGUGUUAGAAGUGCGUGAAGAUAACGAGGAAGAUUCAGGCAGAGACUUUCAAGAUUAUAUGAAUCCUACAAAUUGUGAGUCGAUGGAGUCUGAUCUAAGUUCACAUUCUAUAUCAUCUGAGAUUUUUUCUGGCAAAGAAGAUGAUUGUAUUGGAGAAGCUCCUUCCCAUGUCAGAAGGCCAUCUGUAACUUUCCUUGACCCUGAAUCAAGUAAUGUACUUCAGGAAGAUUCUGACAUAUCUGCUGUUGAAAGCGAAAUCCCUGCAAGGCCAAUGGCUUUAAGGCCUGGAAAGAAAGGGGCAUGCUAUAGAUGCUUGAAAGGAAAUAGGCUGACUGAGAAGGAGAUCUGCAUUGUCUGUGGUGCGAAGUAUUGUUUUAAGUGCCUGUUGAAAGCAAUGGGGUCAAUGCCUGAAGGAAGAAAAUGCGUCACUUGCAUUGGUCUUAAGAUUGAUGAGUCUAAACGAAAGGACCUGGGGAAAUGUUCCCGUAUGCUAAAGCAACUGUUGCCUAAGCUGGAAGUUAAACAAAUAAUGAAUUCUGAGAGAUCGUGUGAAGUAAAUAAACUACCACCGGAGCUUGUUUAUGUGAAUGGUGAACGCCUUUCUCAAGAAGAACUGUUCAUGCUGCAGACCUGCCCAUAUCCGCCAAAAAAGUUAAAACCAGGCAACUAUUGGUAUGAUAAAGUAUCUGGUUUUUGGGGAAAGGAAGGACAGAAGCCCUGCCAAAUAAUUAGUCCCCAGUUGACUAUUGGUGGUCAUAUAAAGCGAGACGCGAGCAAUGGAAACACAAAUAUUAUGAUAAAUAAUCGAGAGAUAACUAAAGUAGAACUUUUGAUGCUGCAGUUGGUAGGAGUGAAAUGUGAAGGAACAAAUCAUUUUUGGGUUGAUGCAGAUGGAUCCUAUCAGGAAGAGGGAAUGAAUAAUGUAAAAGGGAGAAUAUGGGAAAAAAAUACGGCAAAGUUGAUUUGUGCUGCAUUGUCUUUGCCAACUCCUCCUGCUUCUGCCCGUGCCAGUGGUGGUGAGGAGAAUAGCGUGCUCCCACCAGGCCUUCGUCAGAAAACACUUUAUAAACUUCUUCUUGUUGGUUAUGAAAAAUCUGGCACAAGUACCGUUUUUAAACAGGCGAAAAUUGUCUACCGCAUUCCAUUUUCUGAAGAAGAGCGUCAAAAUAUUAAGAUGAUGAUCCAAAGUCAUUUAUAUGGUUAUCUUGGUAUACUGCUGGAGGGGCGUGAACAAUUUGAAGAACAAAGUUUGAUUAGAAAGAAACGACAUGUCAUUGACCAAUGUAGUUCUUCAGCAGAUAAUGCCGGUCAGAUCAACAAUAGAACAACCUAUGACAUCAGCCCAAAAUUGAAAGGUUUCUCAGAUUGGCUUCUUAAUGUAAUUCUGUCUGGGAAUUUGGAAACCAUAUUCCCAGCUUCGACCCGUGAAUAUGCACCUUUCGUUGAGGAAUUAUGGAAUGAUGCAGCAUUCCAAGCUACGUAUAGCCGCAGGAAUGAAUUGGAAUUGCUACCUCGAGCUGCUUCUUAUUUCCUGGAACGGGCUGUUGAGAUUUCUAAGCCAGAAUAUGAACCAACUAAUAUGGACAUCUUGUAUACUGAGGGAAUCACGUCAUCCAAAGGGCUUUCUUCCAUGGAGUUCUCAUUUCCUAUUCCAGCUCAAGACAGCUGUGAACACAAUGAGCAUGAUCCUUCAAUGAGGUACCAACUCAUUAGGGUACAUCCAAACGUUCUUGGAGGAAACUGCAAAUGGUUGGAAAUGUUUGAAGAUGUUGACAUGGUCUUAUUUUGUGUUUCAUUGAUCGACUAUGAUGAGUAUGUCAAAGACAGCAAUGGAGUUGCCAUUAAUAAGAUGAUGGCAAGCAAGCAGCUAUUUGAAAGCAUUGUUACUAAUCCAAUGUUUGAAAAGAAGAAGUUUCUUCUAGUACUGAACAAAUUCGACUUGCUCGAGGAAAAAAUUGAACAGGUUCCGCUCACUCGAUGCGAAUGGUUUCAUGACUUCGAUCCAAUUAUUGGCCAUAAUCGCAACAGCUGUAGCAGCAGCAGCAUCAUCAGAGCUACAAACCCUUCGUUGGCUCACCGGGCGUUUCAAUAUAUUGCAUUUAAGUUCAAGAGAUUGUUCACUUUGCUUACUGAUAACAAGCUGUUUGCAUCAGUAGUUACAGCAUUGGAACCUGAUAACGUUGAUGAAGCUCUCAGAUAUGCGAGGGAAAUUUUGCACUGGGAGCACGAGGAACCCGUUGAAUACUCUUCUUCCAGUAAUGAGGCAAGCUCAACUUCAUGAUUUACUGUGUUACUAUACUAUCAGAGAGGCACUGCUAAACACUUUUUUUAGCAAAAAUUCAAUGUACUAUAUACUUCUAGAUAGAAAGAGGAGAAAUACGAUAGAGUAGUUGGGAUAACAGAAUAAAAACAUCACGUGUUGCUUAUUCUUGAAAAGCUGAAAACAUACCAUAAGCUUAUGGUGUACAGGUUCAUUUGCCAUUGCUAAUUAUAGCAUAAAAAAUAUUAAUCCAUUUGUUAUUCUUUA